GGGAGCGUCCAGCUCCCUCCUGGCCAUGAAGUCCCAGGUCACGCUGUCGCUCGUGUAGUUCGCCAGCAGGCUGGAAGCAGAGAGGAAGAACGGACGUGAAGCCACGUGGGGCGACGGCGGGACGGCGGGGAUGGAGCGUCUCUGUACACGACCUCGGCCAGUUUGCCGUUCAGGAUCUCGGUGGAGAACUCGUAUUCGCCCUGCGUGGUGCGAGGAGCCGGCGUUAAGACACGCCGUGGGGCUUCUGAUCAUCUCGGCUUUCUGCAGCCUCAGUUUCUCGCUGUGCAGCAGCUCCAUACGGAAAUACUGAAACGAGAGCCGCCAGAGGACCAACUCAGGUCAUAUUAUGAGUGGGGCGAGUUGCAAAGCUAACGGCGCCGUGUACCCAGCCUCCCCAGCAAUGAUGAACUCUGUAAAGAAGCCGAAGAUGGAGCAGAUUCAGGCCGACCAUGAGCUGUUCCUGCAGGCCUUUGAAAAACCAACUCAGAUAUACAGAUUUCUGCGCACAAGGAACUUGAUUGCACCAAUAUUUUUGCACAGGACGCUCACUUUCAUGUCUCACAGAAAUGGUAGAACAAACGCCAAAAGGAAAGCGUUCAAAGUGGACGAUAUGUUGCAGACGGUGGAAAAAAUGAAAGGAGAGCAGGAUUCUCCGAGCUUGUCUUCACAUUUACAGUUAACUUUCACUGGGUUCUUCCAUAAGGACGAAAAGCCAUCUCAAAAUUCAGAAAAUGAACAAAAUUCCGUGUCUUUAGAGGUGCUACUUGUCAAAGUCUGCCAUAAAAAACGCAAGGAUGUCAGUUGUCCCAUAAAGCAAGUGCCUACAGGUAAAAAGCAGGUGCCUUUGAAUCCUGACAGUAACCAAACCAAGCCUGGCUCCUACCCUUCCUUACUCGUCUCCAGCAACGAGUUUGAGCCCAGCAACAGCCACAUGGUGAAGUCGUACUCGCUUCUGUUCAGGGUGUCGCGAACAGGGAGAAGGGAAACUAAUGGCCUGGUCAACGGCGAGGCCAAUGAGAACAUUGAUGUAACAGAGACUCCUACGAGAAAAAAGAGAAGUUCGUCCCACAGGGAGGAAGGAGAGACCACAGAGACAUACGUUGCACAGAUGACUGUCUUUGAUAAGAAUAGGAGACUGCAGCUGUUGGACGGGGAGUAUGAGGUGUCAAUGCAAGGCAUGGAGGACAGCCCAGUCAGCAAGAAGCGAGCCACGUGGGAAACCAUUCUAGAUGGAAAGAGACUGCCACCGUUUGAGACGUUUUCUCAGGGACCCACGCUGCAGUUCACGCUGCGUUGGACAGGCGAUGCAAGUGGAAAGUCCACGGCUCCUGUGGCCAAACCUCUCGCCACACGCAACUCGGACAGCUGCAGCCACAUGGAGACCAGGACCAGCAACCAUCGAACUGCCCUCAUGACAGUGAAAGAGUCGGUCAGCACAGACAUUCAGACGAGGAAAGAGCAGGCGCCAUGCGAGCCGCGGCAGAAGCUACGGAUAUUUUAUCAGUUCCUGUAUAACAACAACACGCGGCAGCAGACGGAGGCCAGAGACGACCUGCACUGCCCCUGGUGCACUCUGAACUGCAGCAAACUCUACAGCCUGCUCAAACACCUCAAGCUCUCCCACUCCCGCUUCAUCUUCAACUAUGUGCCUCACCCUAAAGGAGCCAGGAUAGACGUGUCCAUCAACGAGUGCUACGAUGGCUCGUACGUCGGGAACCCUCAGGACAUCCACAGCCAGCCGGGCUUCGCGUUCAGCCGCAACGGCCCGGUCAAGAGGACGGCCGUCACUCACAUACUGGUCUGCAGGCCCAAGAGGACCAAACCGAGUCUGUCUGAGUUUCUGGAGUCUGAGGACGGAGAGCUGGAGCAGCAGAGGACCUACGUCAGCGGACACAACCGCCUCUACUUCCACAGCGACAGCUGCAUGCCGCUGCGGCCGCAGGAGAUGGACCUGGACAGCGAGGACGAGAGGGACCCCGAGUGGCUCCGAGAGAAGACCGCCACGCAACUGGAUGAGUUCACGGACGUUAACGAGGGAGAGAAGGAGGUGAUGAAGCUCUGGAACCUGCACGUCAUGAAGCACGGCUUCAUAGCAGACAACCAGAUGAAUCAGGCCAUCAUGCUUUUCGUGGAGAACCGCGGCGCUCACAUCAUCCGGCGCAACCUCUGCCGCAACUUCCUCCUGCAUCUGGUCAGCAUGCACGACUUCAACCUGGUGAGCACGGCCACCAUCGACCGCGCCAUGGCCCAGCUCCGGCAGAUCCAGCAGGAGCUGCCGGAGCCGGACGAGGAGCAGCCGGACCCGGCCCUGGCGUCGGCGGGGGCCUGCAACGGCGGCGCCGCCCCCUCCAGCGGGGGCAAGCAGGGCAAGAGGACAAAAAGUGCGCUGACGGACUGAUGGCGGGCUGCAAGGACUGCACGCUGAUUGUUUUUAUUUUGUUUUUUGUUUUAUUGUUUCGGUUCUAUUUCUUCUUAAAUGAACAUUAUCAACCCUUUGGUGCUUAGGUAGGUGGGAGAAGCGAUCAGCCCGGCGUCCGACACGACACUGACCAGAAUACACGUCGAGCGAGUUCGCGGAACUUGAGAACUGAACCAAAUAUGAACAAUAUAAAAGUGAAUUAAACCCACACCUCCACAAACCAGGAUUUUUUUUUUUUUUUUUUUGAGGACUGGAUCAUGUAAGUUGAGCCUACUCAAUAUGCAUUUUGUAGGAGCCACUGAAGUAUCUGUCACUCGGCGCUCGAGUGAACAAAAACUGACUGGCGCGACUGCCUCUGCUGUGUUGGUGUGAUCGGCGGCUGUGACCGGACGACAGUUAAAACUGUACGAUUCGUACACAAACACAAUAACCUUGUUGAAAAGUUAUCCUUUUAGCUGAUUAUUUUAGCACUUGGUGUUUUGUAUUUAGAGAGCUUACCAUGAAAUUGUCAUUUAAAAAAAGAAAAGAAAAAAAAAAGAA